UCUCGUAAAGCACAAAGCAGGCCUUGCUACAUUAAUCCCAAACUCAAUAAUAUUUCACAAUGCAAUAUAUGCCCUAAAAACAGUAGAAGAUAUCCAAAACCAGCAACACAUCUCUCUCAUUCUAUACCAACUUAACCACCCAGAGUUCGACACAUCAACCUUCAAAAUUAGAAUCCAACAACUACAAAAUGUAGCUGCAACCACACAAUCCAUUCUUCAAUAUUAUAACUAUAUAAUAGCACAACCCGAACACCUCUCACCCUCAGCUCAGAUAAUCAAAA